AUGUCGAAGUCAAUUGUCCAACUUUUAGCUUCUGACAAAUUUAACGGUGAGGAUUAUUCAAAGUGGAAAUCAAACAUCAAUACGAUACUAGUUGUAGAUGGUUUGAGGUUCGUUUUAAUGAAGGAAUGUCUUACAUUUUCCAGCUUUACUGCAAACAGAAAUGUUCGAGAUGCAUAUGAUAGGUGGGUCAAGACAAAUGAAAAAGCUCAAGCCAGCAUUUUAGCUAGCAUAUCUGAUGUGUUAACUAAGAAGUAUGAGAGCGUGGUCACUGUUAAGGAGAUCAUGGAGUCGUUACAGGCGAUGUUUGGACAACCGUCCUCAUCCGUUUGA